AUGUUUCUCAGUCCAGUCCUCAUCCUCCGCAUCGUUCAAGGAGUGUUGGCUUUCAUCGCCAUGGCGCUUGGAGCAACAGUGGCCAACGUCCUGAACACCCACCGUCCUGCCCUCGAUGUCCCUGCUGGGGUUGUCUUCUUCAUUUUCAUCACCGUCUUCACCUUGCUUGUCACGGUUCCCUAUACAAUCUUGACACCCCGCUACUUCCCAGUUCUGGCUCAUCCAUUUGCCAUGCUCGCCGCUGAAACCACCACGUCCAUCUUCUGGCUGGCAGGGUUUGCCGUUAUGGCAGAUCGCUUGCGCAGAGCAGACAUCUGCGAGGUCGGGGCGUGUGCGUCCGCUACAGGUAGUGUCGUGGUUGGGGUAUUCGAGUUUGUCCUCUUUGGAAUCACUGCCUUCUUCGCCUUCUCUCAUAUCUUUCUGGGUGACAGAUUCAGUGCGAACAAGCCCCAAAACAAGCAGGGGCAGGUGAACCGGGCCGGACUUGAGCUCGUGUAA